AUGUAUGUCGUUCGAACAAUAUCGAAAUAUUAUUCAUCUCGUUUGUCUUAUCUUCUUGAAACUUGGAUUAAAUCAGUUGCAACUGAUGUUUAUUUCAUAACUGAUAAUCAUCUUCCUCAUAUUGAUCCUAAUCAUUUCAUAACAACUCAAAACACAUGUGGAAAUACUUCACAUUCAGUUCGAUCUCUUUGUUGUCAAACAAGUCAUGAUUUUCUUCUCUAUCGUAAACAUCUCGAUAAAUAUCAAUGGUUUUGUCAUUUUGAUGAUGAUCAAUAUGUUCAUACUGAGAAUCUUUAUCGAUAUUUAUCAACAUUAGAUCAUCAAAAAGCGUAUUACAUUGGAAGAAAUUCUUGGAAUAAGACAUUUAAACGGAAAAAAUCGCCUCAUCCACGUCAUUUUUGGUUCGCUACACUUGGUGCUGGUGUUUGUUUCUCUCGUCGAACAAUUGAUUUACUUGAAUCUUAUACAAAAACGGUUUCCCAAUUUGUUAAUGGAUGUUUAAAAGAAUUUUAUCCUGAUGAUAUUUAUCUUGGAUUUGUUUUGAAUAAUCAUUUGAAUAUUUCAUUGACAAAAAAUACGGAAUUUCAUUCGCAUUUAGAACGUUCGUUAUUCAAUGACAAACGAGAUUUAAUUGAUAAUUUUCAUCGACAAAUUACUUUCGGUUUUCCUCUUUCACGAACAUUUUUUCGAUUUCUUCCAAAUUUAUUUCCAAACGAACAAGAUCCAAUGAAAAUUCGAACAAUUCAUUGUCUUUUCUAUAACCACUUUCAAGAUUGUUCAACUCGAUUACAAAAAUUCAUUUUUAACACGAAAUAA